AAGCAUUAAAAAAAAAAGGAAAAAUUUAAGAACGUGAAAGAGACAGCUGAUCUAACUAACACAGUCUGUCGUCGGUGGGAUUCUUUCUCCUCUUCUGUGUUUUCUCUUUGCAUUUCAUCCAAACAAAUUAAAUCCCUAAUUUUCACCAUUUUUUUCUGAUUAUUUCCUCCAUUCUCUGCAAAAAAAUCCAAAAAAAAAGGAAAAAUUAUUUUAGAGAGAAGAAUCUCGAGUUUUCACUGAGUGUGAGAAAAUGGAGGCGAGGAGCGGAGGAUUCGCGAAGAUCGGUCUGGCGAUCUGCGUGAUGGCAAUGGCGGCGUGUUUGGCCGGCGCGGCGGACAAGGAAAUCAAGGUGAGGACGGUGAGGGGGGAGAAGGUGUGCACCCAAGGAUGGGAGUGCAACGGCUGGUCCAAAUUCUGCUGCAAUCUCACCAUCUCGGACAUCUUCCAGACCUACCAGUUCGAGAAUCUCUUCUCGAAGAGGAACUCGCCGGUGGCGAACGCCGUCGGCUUCUGGGAUUACCGGUCGUUCAUCCUCGCCGCAUCCAUGUUCGAGCACCUCGGAUUCGGGACCACCGGCGGCAAGCUCAUGCAGAUGAAGGAGAUCGCCGCAUUCCUCGGCCACGUCGGCUGCAAAACUUCUUGUGGUUAUGGAGUGGCUACGGGCGGACCGCUAGCAUGGGGUCUAUGCUUCAAUAAAGAAAUGAGCCCCAGCCAAAAAUAUUGUGAUGACUUCUACAAAUAUGACUAUCCAUGUGCUCCUGGAGCAGAAUACUACGGCCGUGGAGCUAUUCCAAUCUAUUGGAACUACAACUACGGAGCAAUUGGUAAAGGCAUCAAUCAGGAUUUGUUGAACCAUCCCGAAUACGUUGAACAGAAUGCAACUAUCGCCUUCCAGGCUGCGAUCUAUAGGUGGAUGACGUCUGUGAAAAAGAAGCAGCCAUCUGCUCACGAUGUCUUCGUUGGGAACUGGAAACCCACCAAGAAUGACACGUUGGCGAAACGAUUUCCUGGAUUCGGAAGCACCAUGAAUCUUUUGUACGGCGAGCAAACUUGUGGCCAGGGCGACAUUGAUCCCAUGAACAACAUCAUCUCUCACUACCUCUAUUAUCUCGACUUGUUGGGCGUGGGGCGAGAGCAAGCAGGACCCCACGAAGUGCUCUCCUGCGCCGAACAGGCUCCGUUCAAUCCAUCUACUACCAAAUCAUCGUCUUGAAUUCCUAUCUGAAUCUCUCUUAUAAUAAGAUUUGUGUUGGGCCACCUCUCCUGUAUUCGUGUGAUUAUUGAAUUUGUAAUAUGUCGACUGCUUUUGCUCUGCUUCAUUGCUAUAUAUACAGGUUUUGUGAAUUCAAAUUGUUUGUGUUGCUAGUGUAUCAUUAAGGUGUAAUAUUUUAUACAUGAAUGUACUUUUGUCAGUUUAUACUUGAGGACUCAUUAUAUUCGAUUAAUUUUUUCGUUU